AUGGAACUAGAAAUAUUACUACUCACGGUGGUAUCCCUGUUAAGCCAUGCAAAUGGAGCAAAGUACGAACUUUCGGUGGCGGAUGAGGAUAUAUUCAGCAGUUGUAAUAGUCCUGACCCCGGCACACUCGACAUAAACGGCCUUGUGGAUUUAUCGGAGCUCUCCACAUCCAUGUCUGCUGAGGGUGUAACCAUAAGCGGAAACGCAACUUUAAUUUGGGACAUAAAACUUGAGGAUCGCGUACAAAUGAGCACGAACCUUUUAUAUUUCGAUAGGGGCACUUGGACGCCAACAGUAUUCUCAAUGGUUUCAAGGGACUUCUGUAAGUCGAUGUACGAUAAAAAUCAGUACUUUUACAAAUACUGGACCGGUUAUAUUACAAACGAUAUUCAAGAUAAAUGUGUCAAUGUUCCUGGGACUAAAAUUAUCCAUAAGACCUAUACGUUGAGUUUGACCGCCGAUGUCAUGGGUCCACUUCGAGAAGGAACCUACAAAGCCCAAAUAAUGUUCCGAGCUUAUGAUACCAAGGGAUUCGAACGGCCAACUCGCAUUUGCUUGGAAAUAAGGGGCGACUUAUUCAAGGUAUAA